AUGAAUCGUUCUCCACCGCUCAGCUCACCUCCUAAUGGCUGCAGUUGUGGUGGGGGUGGAGGUGCUACUAUCCAGUUGCCACCGCUGAAUCUACCCACACUGGAUUUCCCAACAAUCUCCCAGCAACCGGCAGCUCCACCUGCUCAAAUUGUCAGCGAUGCACCAGCGACUACUUACUAUGUUCGUCAGCCCACGUAUCGUUACCGCCAAGUGAUAAUCAGAGAACCUCAACAGGACGUUAUUUCUCCGGUGUACAGCAGUCCACCUGUGAUGGUUUCUCCUCCUAUCUACAAUCCUCCUGCUCAACUACCGUCAUUCGAUGUGCCACAACCAAUCUAUCCGCCCAGCGCCGGGUACGCUGUCCCACCACCUUCCAUGGAUGCACCACAGCCGAGUUAUCCGCUGCCACCUCCUGCUCAAGAUGUGCCCCGGCCCAGUUACUCACUGCCUCCUCCUGCUCAAGAUGUGCCCCGACCAAGUUACUCACUGCCCCCACCUGCUCAAGAUGUGCCUCGACAAAGCUAUUCUACUGCUCCGCUGCCUCCACCAUCUUUCGACAUACCCCGCUCCAGUUACUCCAUUCCAUUGAGUCCUCCAGCUCAGGAUACUCCUAGUCCAGUUCCUUCUUAUUCUGCUGCACCUCUGCCCGCUCCUCUUCCAUCAGCAGAUGCUCCCCAACAGAGCAACAAAUAUCCAAAUUCGCCAGCUUCCCAGAUUCCGCUUUCGAUCAACACUUCACCAUUCAUACCACCACCACAGAUAUCUUCAAAUGUCAUUUCACCGCCAGAUGUGCAACCUAUGUCGCCCUACAACAAUCAACAAAACGAUGCUCCGCCUGCUCCGUCAGUGCUCCGCCUGCAGACCAAUGGCAACACAGGGAAGCCACAAAUGAUCGUAAUCAAUAUGCCAAAGAAUGGGCAGACCAAUGGCAAUGGAAGAACGACGCAACAACAACAACUACGAAUGCCUAUAGUGAUAUUCUUGAAUCAACAGGACAACAACGGGCAGUCUAAGCCGAACGAUGACUUUGUUGUGAUAAAUCCGUACCAGCGAAAAGCAAGGAGAAACACUUAA